AUGUCUAACAUUGCUGCCACCACAGACUCGGACUGGAGUAAUAGUCCUUGGUUCAUCGGUACCACGCGAGUCCUGAUGGUGAUCGGGGCAGUGUUUUUGCUUCGUAGCUUUUUUCAACUCGUACAGUACAGUUGGGAGAAAGCACAUGGUGCCCGACGCACCUCCUCGACGCCUGGUGUUGAAUCGAGCGUUGGCAUGAGUCUUGCUGAUAUCUUCCCUGUUACCUUGGAUAACGCUUCCCUCGGCCCCGACCUCGAGGCAUCACUCGGUAUCAGCGCCCAUCUCCCUACUGACAGGCGCCAAGGAGAAGGUAACGAUCUGCAUACGACGCAUAUCGACAGGAUCGCUCGUCGGCGCAGUGAGCCGAUUGCUAUAGAGCAUCCUCAUACGUUGGACAGCAUCACCCUUGGCCCUGACAUCGAAGCAGCAGUCGAGGUCAGCGCGCCUCUUCCAAUCUACAGGCGCCAAGAAGAAAUUGACGGCCUGCAUAUUACGGAAGCUGAGAGAAUCACCCGUCGCCAUACAUGGCGCACCAUGGGCCAUCAAGUCAAGGAGCAUCAUUCCGACCUCAUGGCUUGUUACAGCAAUUCCUGGGUCUGGGUGGCCCGACUCUUGUUGCCCAAAUGUGAGGAGUAG